AUGUGGGGUUCCAGCAGAUAUUUGUGUUCCCCGGAACGUCCCAAAGCCAGUUCCCUGAGUUCCAGUGAUAGGAACUGUGCUCCCAAGGAGCACCAGAAAGAAGAUGAAGAAUGCCUGUCCUGCUGCCUAUUCCUCCUGGAAUCCCAGAGGAAGCAAAGGAAAAACCACACCAGCAAACUCCAUGAGUUGGCAUUGCUGCUACCUCUGGCCCCGAAGACCAGUAGCAGGAAGCUCACCAAGAAGGAGAUUCUGCUGCAUGUCCUGCACUACAUUCAGUACCUCCAGAGAAACAUCGAUGUGGCCAAGGCCUUGCUAAAAUUCCACACCACCAAUGGGGAAGGUGGAGUUGGGGGGCGGGGUCGGAGCUCCACUGCAGGCUCAGCGAGGCAGAGACACCUCACCCCAUCUGGCUCCCCACACUCUUGUAAGUCCUGUCUUCGGGGAGCCUGUCGGAAACCUCGGAAGAAGAAGCUUACACGAGCCUCAGAACGCCAGACCCGGGCCCAGAAUCCUCGUCGCUGUCUGGCCCUGGACAAGCCCAAGAAGCAGGGGGCCCCAUCCGCAGACCAGGAGGGAGGAAACGUGGAGGGGACCACUGCUCCUCCAAAAUGCUCUGACUCCUACACACACCCCAAGGCUGCAUUGUCCUUGCCUCAAGGCUGCUCCUGCAAAAACAGCGCCCAGGACGACGGGCCCUACCCUGCCUUCGGGGCCCAGCAAGGGGCUGAGAGGACCUAUUUUUUCAACAGAACACAGUCCCAUCCCAGGCAGAAGCUGGUGUACUACGAGUCCAGCGACGAGGAGGACCAGGAGGCCCCAGACGCUGACCCUUGGCUUCCUGUCUGGACCCCAGAGGACCUCCCCCAAGGGAGCCCACUGGCUUUGGAGCCCCCUCAGAUUGACAAUGGGGGUAUGAUGGGCCACCUGAGCGAGAUCCUAGGCCUCAGCCCUUCCCUCUUCAGCUCCCCGGGGAAAGCGCUGCCGAGAGAGAUCUUGGAGGAUAGCAGCCUGUUCCUGACCCAAGCUCUCUUUGAAGAAAUUGUCUUAGAUCCGGUGUCUUCGCCGUCUGCCUGCAUGCUGGAGGCUCCACCGCGGGAGGACCUUCCUGACUCCUGCAGCCCGUGCCAGUCCUCGGGGUCGCUGGAUCACGCCUCGCUGAGUGAGAACAGCUCUGACUCUGAGGACUCGGUCACCGACACGGACCCAGAGGUGGUGUGGAUGCAGCAGGACACUCUGGCUGACCCCGAGGGCCCAAAGUCUGUGAGCGAUGAGGACGGAGACUACACGUGGACCCCCGCCCGGCAGGUUGAGACCUGGCCCUCGGCCAGGAGGAAGGCCAGGAAGGGCCGGGCCGGCAGGGGCCCUGUGAAGCCCAAGAACAAGAAAGCCCCCCGCUCCACUCAGAUGAAGAAAAAAUGUGUCAAUGGCUUUAUCAUGUUCUGCAGGAUGAACCGGAAGCAGUACAUCCGAGCCUGUCCAGGAACCGCAUCCACGGCUGCCACCAAAGAGCUGGCCCAGCUCUGGCGGGAGAUGACAGAGCAGGAGCGGAAGCCAUACUGCAUCAAAGCUCGAAGAUUCAGCCGCCAGCACAACCGGAUCGUGAAGAAGGAGAGCUCCAGCAGCGAUGACGAGGACUGGGGGGUACCCAAGCCCUUCUACCAGCUGCUGGCGGACAGGGCCCGCUCCUCCUCAGAGCCCGCCGCUCAGCUGCCUUCUCACCGCACCUGA